AUGGAACCAAAAGAAUCAGACACCCAAGGCCUUGCCUGGGUUGAGAAGCCCUUCAGUCUGGAACCCGAGUGGACGGUGGAACUAGACCUUGAGGCUAUCGAGCAAACGAGCAAGUCGAUAUAUCCAGCGGCCAAGGCAAUACAGGUGUUUUUUCUCGCCCAGGGGGCCCUCAACAAACUUUACGACGUGACCAUAGACAAUGAGACUUUCAUUAUGCGGGUUUCGCGCCCCGACGAUCCAUACUACAAGACCAUGAGUGAAGUGUCAACUUUGGACUGGAAAUCGCGUAUUACAAGUAUUCCAGUUCCCCGGGUCAUCAGUUAUCAGGCUUCGCGCGAAAACCCGAUCGGAUUUGAAUGGAUCGCCAUGACCAAAAUGCCUGGAAAGCCCUCGAAGGAGGCAUGGCGCUCUCUCCCUUGUUCUGCGAAGGAAAGGUUGGUCGAAGAGUUUGCGGUCCACUUUGCCUGCCUGUUCCAGAACAAAUUACAGGGUAUUGGAAACAUAUAUGGCACAAAGUCAACCCCCGAUGAUUCCAAAUUGGCCGAAGCGACUUUUCCUACGGUCGUUUCGAGCUCUGCUACGGGUCAUUCCGUACUGACCACAACAGCCUUGCCGAUCUCGCAUGUGUCGGACUCGACUCCCCCUGUGGGUGAUUUGAAAUUGCCUACAGAAGAUUCAGCUUCAUCGAAGGAUGAUUCUAGAUUGACCAAAACUACCUUGUCUACGGUGACACCAGCCUGUUUGAAUGAGUCACCUUUGGCCCAAACCCAAGAUUCGCGGCAGUCUCCAGCAGUAGGCAGGAUUGUGUCUAUGCAAUUCUUUUGGGGAUCUAACCUUCAUCGAGAUGUUGACCGGGGCCCAUUCGGUUCUAGCAGAGACUGGAUCACAUCGCGUCUUUCUCUCAAUGAGAAGGAGUGGCAGUCCAAGCUAGACAAUAUACCAGCUGGCGAACUUGGAAGAAGCGAUGCAGCUGAUCUGGAUGAUGCAACGAGAACAUUGAAGAUCAUCCAAAAGCUCCAAGCUCUACUUCCGUCUAUCUUUCCGCCCACGAGCAGUACGCCCGAGCCCUCCAUAAUGGUUGAUGACGAUCUUUCCGGUCAAAACAUCCUUGUUAGUGGCACUGGACACCUUACUGCUGCUUUGGACUGGGAAUGUGUUUCGGCACUUCCAUUAUGGAUCGCUUGCAAUUUUCCAGCAUUCUUACAUGGGCCGCCUCGGAACGAUAAGCCUGAUCGAGAACAAUAUGAUGUCGAAGAGGGAGAGCCCGAAGAUGGAGAACCGUGCGAUUUUUAUUGGGAGAACCUGCGGGACUACGAAACUACUCUGCUUCGUGAUGUGUUCAUUGAAACGAUGAAGAGAUUACAGCCUGAGUGGGUCGAUGUGUUCAACAAAAGCCAACGGGAAAGAGACUUUGAGCUUGCAAUCCAGCUCUGCGAGGAUGAGUUCUUUGCCCGAGAUAUUUUGGCAUGGGUUGAUGACCUGGCUGCCGGGGUAGAAAACCCUCGGAGCCUGUCCGACAGGAUGACACUUCCCAGGGGGGAAGACACUGGAUUUGAUAACUCAUGCCUCAGGCACUAA